AUGGAUACCCAGGAGAUCCAGGCAGUACAUGCGGUACUGCAUCUGGUCUCUCAUCGCAACAAGAACCAGCACCAACGGGCAAAUUGGUGGAAGUGGCUCUCCCGGCUGAAGCGCACAGCUGUUGAGCUGGGAUCGCAAAACGCGAGUGCCACGAUUCCAGCUGCUUACAAGCAGUAUCUUUCUACACAUCUGAUUCCAAGGUGUUAUUUGGCAUUCUCUACUGUGAUUGCCGAAAACCAGUUUUCGACACUGGGAAUCGUACUGUUGGCGACGUUGUCCCGAUUUGCCAAGGCAACGGGGAUAAAGUUUGAAGAGGAGACGCGCCAGCGACCGCAGAUGAAGAAAACUCUGUCUGCUCCACCCACUGAGGAUCGUGGAGAACGCGUGAGCCGUGCUGAUAUUGGCGUGGUGCCUUUAUCAGAUCAAGGACCUCAAGUCUCUCAGAAGGCGUCCGAAAAAUCUACUUCUGUCAAAGCGCCUGCCAUCAAAAAGACGAAAAAGACCAAAAAGAAGAAGAACGCCAUUGAUGAUCUAUUCAGUGGUCUAUUCUAA